AUGACCGGAAGCAAUGAAUAUACGGAUGAAGCUUCAACUUCACAUCAAAAUAAUCUUGUUACCACUCUUAUUACCCUUAAUGUUAGUGGAAUACUCUACACUACUAUAAAAAGAAUACUUUUAAAAAAAACGAAAUUCUUUUCAGAGCCUUUUAAAGAUUUUGAUUAUAAUGGAAACAUUUUUAUUGACUGA